CCAACGAACACGAGCCGAGGCUUCCUCAACAUCCACAGCUCGAAGCAAGAACCAGGAAGUGAAUGUAUACACAUGGAGGGUGUGUCGUUCCCUGCCAGUGAAUGUUUUAUUUUUAAAAACACAGUCCUCCUCUUCGGAUAAACAAUGGGGGACUCGGCGAGGACCAAGCGGCGGGAGCAGCUGAAGCGCUGGGCCGGCUCAUGCACCAACAAAGCGUCGGCCGUGCCCCGGCGGAGGUGGCGGGGCGAUGCCGAGAACGGAGCAGGGCAGCCGGAGGCCCAGCUCAGCGACCCGCCUAGGGACCAGCCAGUGUGUGUAGGCAUAGAUGAGAUCAGUCCCCUCCUCAAACGACGGAAAAGGGUAAGGUUUGACAGGGCUGCAGAGUUCCUGGCUGCCUGUGCCAGCGGAGACACAGAAGAGGCCAAGUUGAUGCUGAAGGAGGCCAAAGAAACCAAAACAAGAAAUGGGGAGGAUGAGGCAGAAAUUAUCAAUUGUUCCAAUGCUGAUGGAAUAACUGCUCUCCACCAGUCCUGCAUAGAUGGCAGCAUGGAAAUAGUGUCCUUCCUUUUGGAAAAUGGUGCCAGCGUGAACCAGGUUGACAGUGAGGGAUGGACACCGCUGCAUGUUGCUGCCUCCUGCGGUUACGGUGACAUUGUAGAUUUUCUUUUGCAGCAAGGUGCGUCUCUCUCUGCUGUGAACUGUGAUGGUGACGUUCCUCUGGACAUUGCUCUGGAUGAGGCCACUGAGUCCCUCCUUCAGGGUUACACUGUGAGACAGGGCGUUGACUUGGAGGCAGCCAAGCGGCUGGAGGAGGAACAGAUAAUGACAGACGCCCGGACCUGGCUUACUGAGGGCCCACCCGCUGAUGUAAGACACCCCAGGACUGGGGCCACUCCACUGCAUGUGGCUGCAGCCAAAGGCUAUCUAGAGGCUCUCAAGAUACUGUGUCAGUGUGGGCUAGAUGUGUCUGCUAUGGACUUUGAUGGCUGGACACCUCUCCAUGCUGCAGCACACUGGGGUCAGGGGGAGGCCUGUCGCACCCUAGCUGAACAGCUGUGCAACAUGGAGGCUCGCAGCAAUGCGGGUCAGACACCAUUUGAUGUAGCUGAUGAAAGCAUUGAGGAGCUCCUGGAGGAGUUAUCGAAGAAACAAGCAAAUACCAUAUUGGACAAGCUAAACCAACAGGGCUCCACUGCUGCAAACGCACAAAACAAACGGCGGAGGAGCUCAGUGUGCAGGAUGAGCAGUAAAGACAAGAUGAAUGUGCAGGACCAGUCUAAAGAGAGGGGUGUUUCAGGAAACCUGGAGCUGAGUGAGGAGAAAGAAAGCAGCCCUGAAAGCUACACAGUCUCCAGUCCAGAGAGUGUGAGCCCAUCCACAGUUAGCCCUGCUGACAAGACACCAGAGGAGAAAGAUGAGGACGAGCAGGAGCAGGACAAGGCGAACCGCACUGCCAGGGUCCAACCAACCCCUCAGACGAGGGAUGCCACAGCUGAGAGCCCCAACACCCCCAACACUGACAGGCGCAAGUUCCAAGCUCCAGUCAGAGACGAAGAGUCUGAGUCUCAGAGGAAAGCUCGCUCUCGGCUGAUGCGGCGGUCUCGUCGCUCCACACAGGGUGUGACUCUGACAGACCUGAAAGAAGCAGAGAAGACUGUGGCUAAAGCUGCAGACCCACCGCCUUGCAACAUCCAGCCUGUCAGCCCCAUUGUUACCGUCACACCUGCUGAAAGGGAUACAGACGUGGUGAACCAGAUCGAGCAGGAGGGAGAGAAGCGUCUGGGGGUGAAGGACAGGAGGAGAGGGAGGAAGGAGAGACGCUCCACUGGCAUCGUUCAGCCAGGUGAAGAGAAUGAAAAUGAGGAUGAUCAUUUGGAUGAUACAAACAGUAACAGUACUUCCAAUGAGAGUCAACUUGGGGACUACAGAACGCUGUACUUAAAAGUUCUGCAGGAGAACCUGGCGCUUAAGGACAAGCUGCAAGAAAAGGAGCUGCUGCUCAGCCAAAACAAAGUGGAGCUGGAGAGACUCCAACAGAGUCAAGACUGCAGCACAGACAGACCGGCUCUCCUGGAACUGGAGAGAUUUGAAAAGUUGGCCCUCCAGAGGAAAGCAGUGGAACUGGAGGAUGAGCUGAAGGUGCUGGUGGAUCUCAGAGCAGACAACCAGAGGCUCAAGGAUGAGAACGCCGCCCUGAUUCGAGUCAUCAGCAAACUUUCAAGAUGAACCUUCAAAAAAAAACUACAUGAAAAUAAAAGGUAUUCCUGGAUUCUUCUUUUGCCAAACUAAGAAGACACAAAUCAGGAAUGGAGAUGGCUGCAUCAAACACCUGCACAGCAAAUUCAACAGUAACUGGAACAAGUGUAGAUUUCAGGGUUAUUAGCCUGUGUUUAGGCCUUUAUGUUUUGGCAGAUCUACUGUAUAACUAGCUCAACUGCACCGCCUGUGGACUGACAGGACAUUCCUGUUCACAUCCACUUUUAUAUUAAGUCUUCAUUGUUGUAUUUUUUUAACUGGAGUUUUUUUUAUGUGCUUUGCUCCUCUGGAACUUUGUAUUAAAUCUGUAUCAAGAGACUUAAAGCCAUGCACAGUGCUAGAUAGCCAUCUUGACCUCUGAAGGAGUUGAGGAAAAAAACACCAUUCAGGUGUAGGGGGUGGUUACUAGAAAAAAAAAGAAAAAGAAAAAAAAAGACUUACCGUAAAUGUGCCAAAAACCAGCCCCAGAUCUGCAUGUCCUUUGGGGAAAACUCCAAGUGGUCAGUGUUGUUUCUCAGGAUGAGUCUUGGGUAGAUGCUUUCUGUUUUGGCUGACUGCUAGUGGACCAAAUUUGCAUGCUCAUUUCUCCCUGCUCCUCUGAAUGUAUAGUUAAUAUGUAUAUUUAUGUACAGGGGCCAUCUGUUCUGACAGUGAUGUAAAGGAGUAGUCGUGGUCUCUGUUGUACAAAGGACGGUUCUGGGUGCUUAUAGAAGUCAGGUGCAGCUCAUCUUCAGAGGGAUUUUUACAAAAAAUGUUUGUUACAAAUGUCAGAUCUUUCAAGAGCUUAAGGAAAAUGCAUACCCUUAUCCCUCUAUCCUUAGUACUGUAAGUCAGUAGUAACUUUUCUUUACCAUUUUGACUAGAUGCCUCUAAAAGCAACGAACCCCAAGCUAAGUAUUCACCCUGUGACGGACGGCUGUUAGUAUUCAACAGACAGGCCAGAUGGGUCAACAUUUGAAUGUUUACUCCAAUUUUAAAGAAAGAACUUGCAUGUCAAAUUGUAUUUUGAUGCUGUGCCUUUCAAUAUACAUUUCUAAGUAAUAUUUCUAUUUUGCUUUGGCGAAUGUACACUGUUAAGUAUAAAAUACAGUAUGGG